UUGUCGCUGGCCGGGCCUCCACAGUGUUGUUCGCGAGGUCGAGCCUGGGCUCCAGGAGGGCUGAGCGCGUGUCCUUCUGAGUCUGAGUGGCCGGAAGGAGGGCGGUGGAGGGCCCCCGGGUGGAGGACACCGGGCUGCCCAGCUAUAGAGCCGCGCGCGUGUUCCCGGGCCUCGGGGUGGACUAGAGCUGUGCACCCCCCGCCCCUAGUGCGUUCGUCGCGCCAUUCUCCCACGGUCGUCACUUGCGCCGGCGGGGAGGAAGUCGCCAUGGAGCCUAAGGGCAGAGGGUCACUUUCUGAGAAUUCAGACCUUCCCCAUGCUGGAAACCCAAAAGAAAAUGGCCUGACCACUGUGCUGCUGACCCCUGCAUCCCAGGAGUCGAUGAUCAGGGAUAUGGCUGAGGCUGUCACCCAGUGGGGGCAGCUGAACGCUCCUCAAGGAGAUGUGCCUGAGAAGCAUAGGAAUCUGGUCUUGCUGGGGCUUCCAAUUUCCAAGCCUGAUGUAAUCUCUCGGUUGGAAUGUGGGGAGGAGCUGGAGAGAGAAGUCUCAAAAGCAACUAGUCCAGGACCGGAAUGCAAGGAGCUAACUCCAGAGCAGGACAUUUCUGAAGAAGAAUCAGCCCCUGUUAACACCGGGGUGUUAAUAGAGAGAUUUCCAAAGGAAAGUUCCAGUGAAUGUGAGGAUUCUUUAGAGAGUCAGCAGGAAAACCAUGAGAAACAUUUAAUACAAGAGGUUGUCCCUCAGAAGAAACCUUCUGGGGAGAGAAGUUACCAGUGUGAUGGAUUUGGAAGAAAUUUUAGUCGGAGGACAUUACUUGUUCAGCAGCAAGGAGAACGACGGCACAAUUGUGAUUCACUUAAAAAGAACUUGAAACAAAAUUCAGAUCUAAUGAAACAUGAGAAAAUUUGUGCAGAAAAGAAGCCUUGGAAGUGUAAUGAGUGUGAAAAGGCCUUUAGUUACUACUCAGCUUUUGUCUUACAUCAGAGAAUUCACACAGGAGAAAAACCCUAUGAAUGUAAUGAAUGUGGUAAAGCCUUUAGUCAGAGCAUACACCUUACUCUACACCAGAGAAUUCAUACGGGAGAGAAACCUUACAAAUGUCACGAAUGUGGGAAAGCCUUCAGUCACCGCUCAGCCCUUAUUCGGCAUCAUAUAAUCCAUACUGGGGAGAAACCCUAUGAAUGCAAUGCAUGUGGGAAGGCCUUUAAUCAGAGUUCAUACCUCACUCAACAUCAGCGAAUUCAUACUGGAGAGAAACCUUAUGAGUGUAAUGAAUGUGGGAAGGCCUUCAGCCAAAGCACAUUCCUUACCCAGCAUCAGGUCAUUCACACUGGAGAAAAACCCUAUAAGUGUAAUGAAUGCAGGAAAGCUUUUAGUGAUCGUUCAGGCCUUAUUCAGCACCAGAGAACUCAUACUGGGGAGAGGCCUUAUGAGUGUAAUGAAUGUGGGAAAGCCUUUGGCUACUGUUCAGCCCUGACUCAACACCAGAGAACUCACACUGGGGAGAAACCCUACAAAUGCAAUGAUUGUGCCAAAGCCUUCAGUGACCGCUCAGCCCUUAUUCGUCAUCAGAGAACACACACUGGAGAGAAACCUUACAAGUGUAAGGAUUGUGGAAAAGCUUUCAGCCAGAGCUCAUCUCUUACAAAGCAUCAGAAAACUCACACUGGAGAAAAACCUUAUAAGUGUAAGGAAUGUGGAAAAGCUUUCAGCCAGAGUUCAUCCCUUUCUCAACAUCAGAAAACUCAUUCUGGAGGGAAAACCAAGGAAUAUGGAAAAGCCUUUAGUGAGCAUUCAGCCUUUGGCCAGCAAAAGAGAAUUCAUACUGGAUAAAGGUCAUGUACCUGUAGUAUAUUCAGAACACAUUUAUUGAACAAUUACUAUACAUGCUGUGAGGGCUACAAAGGAAUUUAAGACUGUGUUACAAAAAAAGAUUUAAUUGAGAAGUCAUUGUUGAUAUGGGACAUAGCUUAUUUAGAGUGUGAAAGAAGGGUUUUACAUCUUUUAAAGUAACAGAGGACGUUGUGUAUUUCCCUGGAGAGAGGGGAAAAUUAUUUCCAACACCCUAAUGUGUAUGUAAGCUACCAAAUCCUUGCAAGAGAAAUAGGGUGUGCCAUGAUGGAAAGAGGCCGUCUUGGCUGGGGUAGGUGGUCUCAUAAUGCUAAGGAGAUGAAGUUUUGAAGGGAUAAAUGGUCCUUUUAGGCAAGUUGCAAGGGUGGAAAUAAGAGGUUGGCAAUUCACAGUGAACCUGUACAGGGUUGAGAGUGGUAGUGGAAGGGACGUUGUCUGUGGUCUUAAAUACCAGAGCACUUAGGAGGUGGAUAAUAAGAAUAGACAAAAAGAGCUGGGGGAUGAACUCAGGAAAUGUUGAUUGAGAUAACUACUCAAAUGAGUACCAAGAACCAGGAAAAAUAUCAGUCAGGCUUGUUAGUUGUUCACAAAGUUUCCACCUUGAAGCCAAGGAAUGUUGGCCUGGCAAGUCCACUUCUGCACUUUUGGUCUUUUAGACCAUGUUCAUUGAGAAGUUACCUACUAAGAAUCACAUUAACUCCAAGGGUCAAGACUGACAACCUAGCAAGGGAGACUACAGAAGGGACCUCUGAUGCUUUCAACCUGUUUUAAGCUGAGUUACCUGAGAAUGUGCAUAUUUAUAAAAAUUUGCCUCAGUUGUAUGUAGUUUGUACCCUAGGCUUUUUCAUACCAUCGUUUAACUUAGCUGUAGACCUGAACUGACGCUGCAUAUUAGGUUGUAAACAACUUGAAAACACUAGAAAUCCUUACCUUUCAUCAUUUUACUCUUGAAUAGAGGCAGGUGACAUCUUUAUAUUUGUUUUUUUUCACUGAAACUUUGAAGAUUAUUUUUGCAAACAUUUUGAGUACUGUGUUUUUAGUGGUUACAAGUUUGACUGUGAUGUUUUAGUGUGCAUUUCUUUCAGUUUAUCCUGCUUUCUGUGCUUCUUGAGGCUGUAGGUGUGUGUCUUUUGCCAGAUUUGGGGGAUUCUCAGCCACCAUUUCUUUGAAUACAUUUUCAGCCCCCACCCCCACCCCUCCUAACAAAUGUUAGAUCUUUAGUCUCACAGGUUCCUGAGACUCUGUUUACUUACUCUUCGGUACGUUUUUAUCUUAGUCUGCAUGGGUUGCCCUAGCAAAGUGCCAUAGCCUGGGUGACUCAAACAACAGAGAUUAAUUUCUCACAGUUUUGGAGGCUGGAAGUCCAAGAUCAAUGUGUCGGCCUUGGUCUCUGAUGAGGGCUCUCUUCCUGGCUUGCAGGUGGCUGCCUUCUUGCUGUGUCCUUAUGUGGCCUUUUCUUGGUGCCUGAGCAUGGAAAGAGAGAAAGCGCUUGCUGUCUUCCUCUUGUAAAACCACCAGUCCUAUCCGCUUAGGAAUCCAGCCUUAUGACCUCAUGUAGCCUUAAUUUACUCUGAAAAACCUUAUCUCCAAAUACAGUCUCAUUGGAAGUUAGCACUUCAACAUAUGAAUUUUGGUGGGAUAUAAUUCAGUCCAUAGCAUUUCAGUCCCUGGCCCCCAAAUUCAUGUUCUCAUGCGCAAAAUACAUCCACUCCCUCCCAACAACCUCCAAAGUCUUAACUUAUUGCAGCAUCAACUCUAAAGUCAAGUUCAAAGUCUCAUCUAAAUAUCACAUAAAUGAGAUAUGGGUGAGACUUGAAGUAUCAUUCAUCCUGAGGCAAAAUUCAUGUCCAGCUGUGAACCUGUGACACCAGAUAGGUGAUGUGCUUCCAAAAUUCGAUUGUGGGACAGCAUAAGGUAGACGUUCUCACUCCAAAAGGGAGAAGUAGGAAAGAAGGAAGGGGUGAUGGAUCCCAAGCAAGCCCAAAACCUAGCAAAGCAAACUCCAUGAGAUCUUCAGGUGAGGAUAAACCUCUCUAGCAUUGUGUCCCACCUUCCAGACCUGCUAGUGCAGCCAUCCUGCUGCCAAGCUCUGCUGGGCAGCCCUUCCUCCAAACUGUGGCUGGAGGCUGUCUGGCCUGUUGAAACCAAGGUGAUGUCCCCACCCUUUGAAGCUGAGGAGGCAGCCUCAAGAUCUCUGAGUCGACUUCAGAGUCAUUCUUCCCUUUCUUGAAGCACGGCGCACGUUUGCAGCUGAAUAAGCUCUAUUGUCUGGCCCUAUAGGAUCUAAGAAGUCCAACAGCUUUCCUUCAUUUGUCUGGUUUUUCUAUCCCCUUUAAUCCCAGCUGGCUGUGUUUCUGCUGGUAUAGUCCCAUUUCUGUCCCUGGCUUCUGCUGAGAUGGCUGAUUAAAUCUAUGAGUCACACCCAUGAUCUCUUUAUCAAAUGGUUGCUCAGCCUCGCCCUUAGUGUUCUCUUCAGAACAAGUUUUCUCGUGUUUUGCAACAUGGAUAGAAUUUACCAAACCUCCAAGUUCUAGUUCCUUUUGGGUUAACAAUUCCUUUUUCAUUCAUCUCUCUCCUCUCGAAUUUUUUUUUUCUUGGCUGGGUUGGGUCUUUGUU